AUGGUCAAGGAGGUCGUCUCCGCCACCGACUUUGACAAUGAGCUCAACAAUGCCGGUGCAAAGCUCGUAGUCGUCGACUUCCAUGCCACCUGGUGCGGUCCAUGCAAGGCCAUCCGGCCCGUCUACGAGUCCCUGGCAAGCAAGACCCCUUCGGCUGUCUUUCUAAAGGUCGACGUGGACCAGAACCAGACCGUAGCCCAGCGCUACUCGGUGCGCGCCAUGCCCACCUUCCUCUUCCUCAAGAACCGAAAGGUCGUCGACACGCUCCAGGGCGCCGACCCUUCGCGCCUCCAGGCGCUCGUCAGGCAACACUCUGCCGGCUCCUCGUCCUCGUUCUCCGGCUCCGGCCAGACGCUGAGCGGCUCCUCGGGCUCGGGCUCUGCCCGUCCCGCCAACCCCAUCGCGGGAAUCACCGACGGACACGAGUCGUUGCUGCCCCUCGUCGACGGUCCGAGAUCGGCGGCGCUCAACGAGGAGGCCGGCCACGGGCUGCAGCAGCUUCUCGGUGGAUCGGGCCAGGGGAGAUACCUUGCCAGCGACGCGGACGAGCAGAUCAUCAUCCAGCUCAGCUUCAAGCAAAAGGUCAAGCUCUCGGCGAUACUGCUGCGCACGAGCACUUCGAACCUGCCGUCGGCUCCUCGACAGGUCAAGCUGUUUGCGAACCGCCCCAACCUCGACUUUGAGGACGCCGCCAACGAGGAUCCAACGCAGACGCUCGAUCUGACGCAGGCGGACGUCGAGGAGGGUCCGGACGGGCCGCCCAUCAAGGCGCUGCCGCUCCGCUUCGUCAAGUUUCAGGACGUCAGCUCGAUCGCGAUCGCCAUCCUCUCCAACCAGGGUGACGAGGAGACGACGAGGAUUGACUCGUUCGACAUCUUUGGCGUUGCCAGCGAGACGACCAACAUGGGCGACCUGCAGAAGCUCGAGGCCCAGGGCCGGCUCGACGGCCGCUUCGGAGGCGGCCAGCCGCCAUCGCGCACCGGGCUCAAGGGCGGCAGCAGCCGGUCCUCGGCGGGCGUGCAUUCCUACUUUCCAUCGGAGCCGCUGCGGUCGCCGUCGGCGACGCAGGGCCGGCCUCCCCCGCUCAACACGGCGUCGCGGUCCGGCUCGCGCGACGACAUCCCGAGUGCGAGGACCCGCCGUCGCAACUCGUCGGCCUCGGCCGCUUCGUUCGUCGACAGCGACGCUGGGUCCGCGCGCACGGCACCGCCGCACCUUACCAGGGAGGACGAGGAGGAGCUCGAGGGAGACGGCACCUCGCCCGAGAGCUUUGGCGGCUGGCACUACCUGCCGCUCGUCAUCGCGCUGGCCCCGCCGAUUGGAGCCGUCAUCGGCGGCCGGGCCGACGCCUGGAGCGAUGCGAUCCUCCUCUUCCUCUCGAGCUUCUGGCUCUACCAGUUCCUCCGGGUGCCUUGGGAGCUCUACUACAGCUCGCGCACCCGCCGUAUCCUCAGCCACGACUACGCCGACGACGAGGCCGACGAUCUCGAGGGCGAAGACGACGACGGCAAGGACGUCGACGUCAGCCUCGACGUCGGCGAUGGCUCGCGCCAGGACGCAUCGGCCGCGGCUAUGGGCCGCACGGGCAGCGGCGACUCGUCGAGCCGCAGCUUCAAGGGUUCCGAGCGCGAGCAGCUGCGCCAGGCCGCCGCCGCCGAGCUGCGCCGCUCGGAGCUGAUGAGCCUGCUCUUCUGCGUCCUCAGCCCGCUGAUUGGCGCCUAUCUCCUCAACUGGAUCCGAGGCUCGAUGGUUGACGGCGGCCGCUACCUCAACGUCUUCAACAUCCGUCUCUUUACGUUGGCGGCCGGCAUCAAGCCGUGGACGCACGCCAUCAAGCUGAUCCGCAACCGCAUCCUCCACCUGCAGGAGGAGGUCCACUACCCGAGCUCCAAGGUUGAGGGGCUCAACAAGCGGCUGCGACGGCUCGAGGCGGACCUCGGCAGCAUCCGCCGGAUGAUUGCCACCAAGAACGACAUCCGCGUGCUGCGCGACGUCGACGCCCAGCUCGGCCGCGCGGUGCGCCGGUCGGAGAGAAAGGAGGAGCACCUCCGCCUCGGGGCCGAGGAAAAGUUUCACGAGGUUGAGAACCGCCUCGAGGACCUGCUGCGCGAGGUGGCCAUCAACGCCGAGCUGAUCGAGGAGGAGCGGCGGGAGCGAGAGCGCGCCGCCAGCAUGCGCAUCUCGCUCGCCGAUGCGUUCAAGUUCCUGCUCGGCGCCGGGCUGACAAUCCGCACGGGCGGCGGCAGCGGGUCUAGGCACUACCUGCACGACGCUCCGCGCAGCCUGCCCUCGGCCUCUUCGCUGGGCAUCGGCUCUGGUUCCAGCUCCGGCUCGCCCACGCACGAGCAGCCCAUGCUCUACGGCGGUCAGCCAUCGCCGGCUCGCCACGCUCCGUACGCCCAGCAGUCGCAGGCGCACCACGCACACCAGAUCCUUCAGCCGCAGCAGCCGCAGCCGCAGUACCUGGGGUCUCAGCGUGGAGGCUCGCCGCCAAGGGGUACAAUGCCGUCGGCGGCUGCUGAAGCGAGGAGUCCGCCGGCUUCGAGCGCGGCUGCCGGUGCCGGUGCCGGUCCUCGCGGUCCGCCGUCGGGUGCGCAGGGCUCGCCGUCGCUCGACAGCCACAUGAUCUCGCGCUACUACGAGCGCAACGGCAUGUCGUCGGUCUCGCACCCGUGGUGGGAGCAGGGCAUGGCCUUCUACCUCUUCCUGCCGCUCAACGUGUCGUCUGCGGCGAUCCGAUUCGCCGGCGAAAAGGUGCGGGGCAUCCUCGAGGACAGCGAGGAGUUUUCGCUCAAGAAGCAGCGCGCGCAUUAUGCCGCCAUCGCGGCGCAGCAGCAGCAGCAGCAGCAGCAGCAGCAGCAGCAGCAGCAGCAGCAGCAGCAGCAGCAGCAGUCGUCGCAGCAGUCGUCGUCGCAGUCGACCAAGGCUCGGCUUUCGCCCAGCCACGUUUCCGGCCCCAAGCUGAUGAAGGCCAGCCACGCCAGCGGCAACCUGCGCGGUCGCAGGACAGAGUAA